UCCUGAAUUUUUUACUUGUUCAACAGACAACAAAGCUAGUAAAAUUCCAUUGUCUGGUGGCCAAAUCCACUCAAAUGGUCAAGUACAUCCCUCAGCCCCAAUAAUAGCAUAUUGUAUACUAUACUGUAUACCACAGUGCCACACAACACAAAUAAAUUCUGAAAUUGCCAGUUCAAAAUAGAUGGAUAUAACCUAAUAUUUAACUUUUAAUGAGACCACUGAUGUUGCUAAUGAUUGUUGGUUUAAUAUCAACUUUAACUGUACAACAUUUUUUAUAUAUACAGGAUGGAAGACUUUUUAAAAGAUAGAGGUGUGGAAGGAGCAAUAAUUGAAAAAAUGAAAGAAGAAGGUAUUGAUGAGGCUGUUGUGUCCACAAUGACCGUGGAUCAGCUCAACAAAUACAUCCCUCGAUAUGGAGACUGUUUAGCUGCUAUUGCAUUUUCGAAAAAACAACUGACAAGCAGCGGUAUUUGUGAAUCUGAAACUUCCAAAGGUCGCAGAAUGUCACUGCGUGACAGACUCAUGGCAAAAUUGCAAGGGAAAAAGGGACUGGAUGAACAUACAAGAAGGUCAGUUCCUCAAGAAGGAAAUAGAAAUGCAAAAAAGCAUACCAAGAAAAUUGAACUUGGAUGGCUUCAUUCAUAUGGAUCUUGUAACAUUCUGAAACAGGUCAGGUCACCAAGUGGAGGUGGUACUAGAACAAUAGACAUUGAUGUGAAUUCAACAGUGUCAGAACUCUUGAAUACAGCUAUAGCCCUUUUUUUCCCUAAUGGAAAGUCUAAAAAGGGUAAUGAAAAUGAUUUCAACUUCUAUAUUGCGAAUCAGACUCAGGAAAAACAGGAGGGCAGUUUGACUAUAAAACAAAUAUAUGAAAGUACCAAACUGAAGAUCCUUCGAUUUUAUUUGGUAAGUUCUGCGGUUGUUACUACCUCAGCAGACAUUUGUGGACAUGAACUCCUACAAAAAGGCGAAGAAGGCUCACUGAAAUGUAUCCCUGAUACAGACCCUGAUAGAGAAACAAAAGGUAACAAUUUGUCCAACGCUUUCGAGGAGUUACCAGACAUUUGUGAUACUGAGACUACAUUGUAUGUGAUGGAGUCAGAUUUACAAAGUCUUCAUUCAUUUACGAUGAAUGCAACUCAAAACGACAUGCUAACAAGUCCUAAUGCCAGUAACGAAACACUUUUUGACACAGAUUUUUUGAUUGAUUCUCCUGUAUCAACAAUUCCUGCCCAAGAGCAACCACUAAUUUCAACAAAGGUCGACAUCAAGAUACACAGAACUAUUGUACAAGAUGAAUUGAUCAUGUUUUUUAAAGAUCCAAAUGUGAUCAAUCAAAAUUUAACAUUUUCGUUUGUAAAUGAGAAAGGCCAAGAUGCUGAUGGAGUGUCCAGAGAUGCAUAUUCAGAGUUUUGGACAUCCUUCUUACUAAGGAAUACAGAUGGUGAGACCUACAGAGUCCCAGUACUAACAAAUGAUUACAGUCAUGAGGAAUGGGAAGCUAUUGGUCGGAUACUCUUGAAGGGAUUUAAAGACCACAGAUACCUUCCUAUUGGCUUGGCACCAGCUUUCCUUAUUGCAAUUGUGCACGGGGAGGAUGUUGUGACCCCACAGCAGUUGAAAAAUUCAUUUUUGCAUUACUUGUCCUCAUCGGAAAAAGACAUCAUUGAGUCUGCAUGUAAUGGUUCUUCAUAUGAUGAAGAUGAAUUAAUCAGUGUGCUCGACCGUUUCCAGUGUCACAGAAUUCCCAAUCAAGAAGAAAUGAGUUCAGCAAUUAUUCAGAUUGCUCAUAGGGUCCUUAUUCAAGAACCUAAAUAUGCACUUGAUGCUAUGAAAGGUGUCUGUGGGAAUGCACUCCAGUUAUUUCUACCGGAUAUCGAGUCUGUCAGUGCCUUAUAUGAAAGGUUAAACCCAAGUGUAGCAAAGGUGAUUCGUUUGUUGAAGGCUACACCAUCAACCAAGGAAGAAAACGCAAGCUUUGGAUUUCUUCAGAGAUUUAUUCGUGGAAGAAAUAAGGAACAGUUGAAACUCUUGCUCAGGCUGCUGACUGGCUCAGAUGUUGUAUGUGUUGACAAAAUAGACAUCACAUUUGUGGUUCGCUAUGGUAAAGGAAGGAUACCCACCAUACAUACAUGUGGACCUUCCCUUGAGUUACCAUCCACUUACAUAAAUUUCCCAGAUUUCAGAAGUGAGUGGGAGUCCAUUUUGAGUGACAAGGACAGCAUGAAAAUGAGCAUUGCUUGAGAGUCUUCUCAGAGUAGUGUUACUACACGUGCAUCAUUUAUGAUGAAGACAUCCUUUACACUUGAUUUAGUAUUAAUUUGGUUUUCUGAUCACAACUGGAACUUUUUACUAACAGUAGGUAGAACUUUCAUUACAUUGGUGCUCUAAUUGUUAUUGUUUGUUUUUAUCCCACGCCCAACAAAGUUGGCGGGGUAUAUAUACAAAUGGGUUCCAUUUGUCGUUUGCCCAGUUCCCUCAAUAUUCCUAAACAUACUUUAUGUAAGAAAGGAAAACAUUACAGAAGUGAAGGAAUUUUCCUUAAGAUUUUUUCUUAAAUCCUGUUAUGCUUUUCUUUGGAGAAUUUUAAGUAAAGGACUUUCCUGAAGUUCAGAAAUAUUGAUGAAGCCAGAGCCUGAUAGUUUGUUCUCCUCCAAUAUUUGUUUAGAUAUGUUAUUUUUUACAUUAAUGUUUUUUAUCUUUGUUUCUUUCUGAGUGUCAACAAAUGAUUGCAAGUGUUGUUGCUGUUUGAUCUUGUCACAGAGCCGUGAAGAACAUGGAUAAUACAACUCUGUCUUAAAAGGCAUGGUCACCUAUUACAUGUAUAUUACAUACUACACAUGGUAUGAUAUGAUCAUGGUCCUCUCAACAGUCAUUGAGUAUCAACUAUUUUGUAUAUGUUAUCAAUUUUUCAUUCAAGUUUUUAUGUUGUUGGAUGUUUUAGAGUCACCAACUAUAGUUUCAAUAAUUAUUUACUUUAUGUAUUUUUGCAUUGCAUAUUGUUUUUUAUACUGUAAGAUCAUGUUAUAUUUUGACAGUGUUUAUAGAUCAAAAUGAAUGGUGGUGUUCUGAUUGAUAUUAAGGUGCAAAAUAAAUAACGUGACUUGGAAGUAUACAAUAUACAUAAGGGACACUUUUAGAGGAAGUCAGUGACUCAAAGUUUCAUAAAUUACCAUAACAUAACUUUACAUGCAUGUAAAUUUUAAUGAUUGACCUAAAUUGUAUAGGUACAUUUGACAUUGUAUUAUUUUAAGAGGACAGAAAGUAUGAUAGUCCUUUUCCAACCUGCUUCAAGUAGAUGUUUUAUUCCAAAAUUAUUUUCAAGUGAUCUGUAUUAAUAAAAAAUGGAAAUCAAUCUUGUUUGCCUUUACUUGUGAUUUAACAAAAUCAGUUUAUUUUGUC